AUGGCAAAGGCAUUGGAUGAUGUCUAUAAGGCACAUAUGGCAUCUGAAGCUGUUCAGAUGGCCACUGGGUGUCCCAUUGCCGAGUUUGAAAGGCUUCUUCACUUUUGCUCUCCAGUUAUUUGUCAUUCAUACAGUUCAGUAGGUUGUCAAACUUGCUUGCUGGACCAGGUUCCUAGUGCUCUAUUGUGUAGACAUGAGACACCAAACAUCCCAUUGGGAUGUCUGUGGCAGUGGUAUGAGAAACAAGGCAGAUAUGGAUUAGAAAUAAGGGCAGAAGAUUAUAAAAAUCCAAAAAGAUUGGGUAUUGAUCAGUUUGCAUUUCGUGCCCACUUUAUUCCUUACUUGUCAGCAGUUCAACUUUUCAGGAACAGUAAAAGUCAUUCCACCCAGAAUAACACCAGAAUUUCUUCUCCUGGUGUUUCUGUGACUUCUGAUAUCAGUUCCACUUCAAGAAACUCUACUAAUUGUGGUUCCAUUCCAAUAUUUUCAGCAGUUGUUCCACAGCCUCGCACUGCAGAACCAAGUAGUCAGUUGCAAGUUGAUGAUGUGUUUAGAUCAGAACCUUCUCCAGUUUCUCCUGAAGAUAUGUUGCCUGUUAAAUCAGUUGAUAUUUCACAGUCUGAUUGUCUUGAACUGGCCUUUGAGUACUUUGAAUCUGAACAGCCUCAACAAAGACUGGCAUUAUAUGAAAGGAUACAAGACCUGGUUAGAGAUGAUGCAUCUCCUCAGUGCAAAAUAUAUGGAGAUCCAGUUUAUCUGAACUCCAUAAAUAUACAUGAUUUGCAUCCUCAAUCUUGGUAUUCUGUUGCAUGGUAUCCUAUUUAUAAAAUCCCAGAUGGGAAUUUUCGUGCAGCAUUUUUGACUUACCAUUCACUUGGCCUUUUGGUUCGUAGAAGAUCCAAGUUUGAUUACCCUAGUGUGGAUGCAUCUAUAGUAUCUCCUGUUGUAGGUCUUCAGAGUUACAAUGCUCAGGGUGAAUGCUGGUUCCAGCCGAGGCACUUUACAAUAAAUGAUAUUUGUGAAAACCAGGGAUUAAGUCCAUCCUGGAUACUGAAGGAGCGAUUAAGGACUUUGGAGGAGACUGCAUCUCUUAUGGCAAGGGCAGUUGUCAACAAGGGAAAUAAGACAUCUGUUAACAGGCACCCUGACUAUGAGUUCUUUUUCUCAAGGCAACAAUAGUUAAUUUCGUGCAACUCAACAAGUAAGCUUAUUCAGCUAGUUCAGCAACAUCCAGGUAGAAGCUAACCUUGAUAGGGGUCAGUGAAUGCACCAUUUUUGUACAGUUUGUAUGUGUUCCUUUGUUUUGAUUUUGAAGGACUGUUAGUCUUCGAAUUUUCAAAUAGGGUGGGUGCAUAGCUUUUAGCGUACUGCUAAAUAAUGUAAUUAAGUUUGAUCAAAGUUUAAAGUUAGCCAGUUUAUACUCGUCAAACUGUGACCAUGCACAUGCCGGUUUUGCAUUAGCUAAAUAAAAUAUCUUGAAAUCUUGAA